AUGCUAAGAAGUCUGUGCAAAAGUCCUAUUUUAAAAAACCUGGAUGCAGACAAAGUUCAUCCAGAGAUUAAGAAAGUAUGCGAGAAAUUCAUAAUUUCUGAUGACAAUCUUAUGAAGAUCUCAAAAACCAUGGAUGAUGAAAUGAACCGAGGUUUACGGGAAGAGCCCAGUUGCCUGAAAAUGUUACCAUCAUUCAUUCGAGCAGUUCCGAACGGUUCUGAGCGGGGCGAUUUCCUAGCGCUUGAUCUUGGCGGUACUAAUUUUCGAGUAUUGCUAAUUAAGCUAAAGGGUGAUUUGGCUGAAAUGACUGGGAAAGUAUAUCGCAUACCCGAAGAAAUUAUGAGAGGUGUUGGCACUGUGCUAUUUGAUCACAUUGGAGAAUGUUUAGCGGAUUUCCUAGAAGAACAUAAUUUGAAACAAUCUAAACAGUUACCGCUUGGUUUCACAUUCUCAUUCCCUGUACUACAAGAGAAUCUCACCUCUGGUAAACUCAUAAACUGGACGAAAGGUUUCAAUGCAAAAGGAGUAGAAGGUCAAGAUGUUGUACAGUUCCUUCGAGAUGCAAUAAAUCGACGUAAAGAUAUUAGUGUAGAUGUGGUAGCAUUGCUUAAUGAUACGGUUGGCACGUUGAUGGCAUGUGCCUUCAAGGAUAAUACUUGUCAAAUCGGCAUUAUUCUUGGUACUGGCACAAAUGCAUGUUACAUGGAAAAGCUCUCCAAUUGUCCAAAAUUCAACAAAUAUGGCUUUGAUAAGGACAAUGAUCCAAAAGAAGUUAGUCGUAAAUAA